AUGGUUAGAAUCAUAAACGAUUAUACGCUAGCUUGUAAAAAAACCGAUACUGUGGAAACGUGUUGGUGUGAUUUCCGUGUAAAUAUUUAUGAAUGUCAACAAGAAAAAUUUUGGAUAACGAUUAAUUUGAUAAAUUUACCAUUUUGUGUUCUAAUAACGACUAUUUCAGCCAUAAUGUUGUUUCAUCUUAUUAAAUUCAAGAAGCAAUCAUUUUUCUUGUCUUCGACAAGAGACAGGGUUAUAUCAAUUAACAUUACUUGUUUAAUACUGGAAUUAUAUCCCAGCGUUUUGUGGGCAGAAGUUGUACAUCAUUUAUCGGAUGAAAUGCUAAGCUCACUCGGAAUACUUUAUCUCAUAAGUUUAGUAUAUUCUACACCAAGUGGAUUUCAAUACAACUUUAAGUUAACUCGUAAGGAAGGCAAUGACAUCAGUUAUGCUAAAAAAUCAAUGGAUAUUAAGAUUCUUGAUACUAUUGGUAUAUUGUUGAUGGUCUUGCCAAUAGCAAUACAAUUGCCAAUAGCAGCUUUUGCUGGUCAUGAAGCUGACAUCAACAACAUACAAUUGGCCGAGUUAUUCUUCACUAUUCACUAUCUGAUUUACGUUGUACGUGGAUUUACGUUUAUCUUUAUAACCGCUUACAUCUGGUCCAAGAUUUAUUCUUUGCUUAGUGGCUAUAUUAAUUGUAUAUAUAAAAAUGAUUCCACUAAAAAUAUUCCUAGUAUUGAGAGACUAAAAACUACUAGAAAAGUUGUAAGUAUUAUUAUUAUAGGGUGGUAG